UACCUUCUGCUUUCAAGAUCCCAACCUUCAGUAGAUGUUUGGGCAAUUCAGCAAAGUCCUUGAUAUAGAGAUAACCUUUAAUGAGCAUGGCUUGAAGGGAUUCGGGUUUGUAACUUUUGAGAAUGGUGCUGAUGCAGACAGGGCCAGGGAGAAAUUACAUGGCAUCGUGGUAGUAGGCCAUAAAAUCGAGGUUAACAGCUCCACUGCACAAGUGAUGACCAAUAAGAAGAUGGUCACACCUUAUGCAAAUGGUUGGAAGUUGAGUCCUGUGGCUGGAGCAGUGUACGGCCCCGAGUUACAUGCAGCAUCCAGCUUUCAAGUAGAUGUCUUUCUAGGCAAUGACACCGCAAUGCCUCUGUCAGGAAGGGGUGGGGGUAUUAACAUGUACAUUCCUUUAAUCUUUCCAGGCUUCCUCUAUCCAGCUGCAGCUACUACAGCAGCUGCAUUUCAGGGAGCCCAUCCGAGGGGCCAAAGAAGGGCAGUGUAUAGGGCAGUCCAGGCGGUACCUCCCACAGCCAUCCUUGCCUACUCAAGUGUGGUUUACCAGGAUAGGUUUUACAGGGCUGACCUCUAUGGUGGACACACAGCCUACAGAUAUGCACAGACUGCUACUGCAACAGCAACCACAGCCACUGCAGCAGCUUACAACAAUGGUUUUUUCUUUAAAGUAAAAAAUUUCAAAAGCACCUCAAAUACCAUCUGCAGUUUUGGGCCCCUCAUUACAAGACAGACAUGA